GCUCCAUCAAUCAGAGGAUAGUCAAAUCUUUGUAUAUUUAGGCACUGUGAGUAAGACAUCUUGACGAUCAGAGCAUACUGAGUCGAUAAUCACCGUUUUUUUUCUUCAGAAACACUACUCAAAAGAGAUAUUCACAUGAAGUCUUACCGCAAACUUCUCGUAGUCACUCACUUCGUUGUAACCUGCUACUUCAUUCGUCGAAAUAUUUGACCGUGGGAAUAUCUGACACAACGACAGCUAGUCAUCUCGUUGCAAGGUCUCUCUCGGCACUUGGGUCCUCAAGACAAACCGACUCAUCCUAUCCUAGGCAAGGCCUGAAGGCAUUCAGAUCAAUUACUGUAUGACCAAGAAGCUUGACAGAAGGAAAAAGCUGGUCAUAAGAUUCCAGGAGAAUUCCAGAAUCUUUGUUGGAUGCCACCUAUCUACAUUGUACCUGUUCGCACUCAACAAGAAAACAUUGCACUUGAUACAAGUGUACAUCUAUUGCAACUAGUAAUGAUUACAUUGGACAUCUGUAGGAGUUUAUGAGACUUUUUCACCACAGGUUACUUGGAUUGCAGUCUUCCAGUGGACAGUUUGCCUCGGAUUAAAGUUUCAAGACAUGAGUUUCUCCGGGCUGCCUUCUUGUUAUUGAAUUCCUUGAUUUUGUUUUAGACUUUACUUUUUAAUCACUUAUCGGAUUUUGUGAACUUUUUAUCACGGGAAGUUGUCGACAAAGAAACGUUCCUCUCUUGAAGUUUGACACCAGGAGAAUACGUCCAACAUUAAUUGUCUGAGAAACAACUAGUUGAUACGAACUUCCUGAUUGGCCAGGCGUCUUGUUUAGGGUAAAUAAGGGCCAAUACGAUUGUCCGAAUGGUACUAACGUACACCAACGAGGGAAGGAUGUGGGCUUGCUGCAUAGGGUGUAUUGCAGGGUUGAGACAGCCAUGUCCCUGUCCCCACUGCAAGGGCCACAAACAGAUCAGAAGAGUGCACUCCAACAUGACACAUACAGACGGUCUUCGUGUGGCAAAGCGCGGCAGUCGAAGGAGCAGGAGUCGAACACUUCCAGAGGGACUCACCAGCGAAAAACUGUUGUCAAAAUACAAAGAUGCUUCGUCGGGCGUUGCUGACUCUGCUGAUGUUAACUCAGGAGUCAAGAUUCUUAGUCUCACCAACACAAUGCCAAUCGAGGUGCCGAGUCAGAAAGGGAAUUACGACAACUUCUUGAGGACUCAAACGCGAGAUUCAAUAUUGGAUUUACAAUCAUCUGAGGAUAAUUUCCUGAAACAAGACGACCUACUUAGGAGUUUGUCUGCUGCCCUUCCGAAUAUCACCAUCGCUCGAGACAGGCUGGGUAUCACCCCUGUCCACUUCCUGUCCCCUAGAGAUAUUGACAGGGUCCGUCAGAUUGCUCUGAUUGAGCUGACCGCCAUGUUUGACCGGCUUGGUCUCACCUUCCAGCCAGUCCGCAAAUCAAGUCGAAGGAAAACCAAAGAUUCAGGUAUUUUUGGCGUUCCGCUGACAACCCUGGUUGAGAAUGAUAGAAUCUGGAGGCCAGAUACAGACACACCUCUUGUAUUACAGAAGAUUAUCGGGUACUUAGAAGACAAUGGCCUUGAUGAAGAAGGUGUAUUACGAGUGCCUGGUUCAACAGCAAGAAUAAAGCAACUCAGGGAAGAAAUUGAAAGCGCAUUUUACGACGGAAAGUUCAAAUUUGAGGAUUUACGAAUCAAUGACGUCGUUGGUCUCUUGAAGCAGUUUCUACGUGAUCUUCCAACCCCAAUACUCACUCUGGAUUAUAUCAAUGCGUUCGCAAUGGUUGAAAAAAUCCAAGAUCGUAAGAAGCAGCUUCAGUGUCUAAACCUGCUGAUCCUCGUUCUUCCAGACAUCCACAGAGCAACCCUAAAGCUACUCUUGAAAUUCCUUGGGAAGGUCGUAGAACACGAACCCAAAAAUAAGAUGUCACUGAACAACAUUGCGAUGAUAAUGGCCCCCAACCUCUUCACUGCCCAGUCGUCGAGAAAAAAGUGCCCUGACUACUCCGAACUACAAUUUGCUGCAGGAACGUGUAAUGUGAUGAGAAUGCUGGUGAAAUAUCACAACAUCCUAUGGGUGGUACCGUUCAGGAUGGUGGAACAAGUAAGACGAAUGUGUGAGUUAGAAUCCAAGAAGACACGAGACUCUAAAUCCGUCAUGACACUCUUCAGAAAGAAAGAAAGGAAAAACUCAGCCGCCGAUUGCGAUGCCCAAGAUGGCAUUAUCAGAGUACAGAUGCCCGGAGCAGAGAAAGUAUCAAACACUGUCCAGUUAAGUGACUCGACAACCGCAGGAGACAUUGUUUUGCAGUUCACGCAGCAUGUCCAACCAAGCGCAGAGGUGCCGUUCAAACGUUCCAGCAUUAGAAGAAGAAGUAGAAGGAAGAAUGUUGACAGGAACAGUGAGCUGUCGAGUCUUGUCGCCCAGCUUGCACCAAAUAGGAGGAGGUACUUCCUGUAUGAGGUUGGAGGCAACAUAGGAGAGCGAUGUCUAGACCCAGAUACUAACAUGCUUUCUUUACUGAGAGUCAAUCCAUCAGCAGCUUGGGUCAUCAAUGCUAAGACAAACUGAGAUAAUCACUUCCCCAAUAAACAGGCCUGGAAUUUCAUCUCGGAGGCCAUUGUAGUUUUUUAAGAUGCACUUCCGUUGGAAAAUCUUACAGUUUUAAACUUUGAAGAGACACCAAGGCUACGACUAGGGCAACGCGGACAUGGCCUUCGUGUUAUUCAAGGCAUGGGAAAGCUGGUUCUUUCAUUUGGGCCACCCACGAAUGUCGGCGCUAGUCGGGUCAUAGAUGAUUGUAGAACCUGUGUUACUUCUGUUCUAAAAAAUUGUUAGCCUAUGUGGCAUCCAUAUAGAACCAGGCCUGCCAUUACCAUCGGAAAGCAGUGAGGAUUUCUAGGAUCUAAGGGAUUGCACUUCUGUACUAUGAGCAGCUACAGAUGUCCUUGCCAGGUCCUGUUAUGAUACUCUCCGAAGCUGUUGUUGACACUUGGCAUUUGAUUUGGGUGCGGUUGUGACAUCUGAUGACGGUAGUUGUUAAUACCCAGUUGGCUGGUAGUCAAUCAAUUAGUACACCUGUCAUCCUUGAAGCUUGGGUGAAUGCCUCAAUUGGAAAGUCACAAAUCUGUAGUUGGAGAGAUUAACAUACAAGUACCCAGCCAAUCAGCUCGAGCACAAGAGCGCACAGAGAUCGAGUGGUUGAUUUGAGAAGGAUUUCAACAAAUAUUCUGUGGAGCUGAUGCAAUGAACAUUAUGAGGUGACGGCUGAAAGCAGUAUGUCGCCCUCUAGUGUGUAACUGAGAGAGUUUUCUUCAAGCCACACAUGGAUGUUUGUGGAUUAUGAACUCUAGGGGAGAAAAGGGCUCCUCCCUCGAAUAUCUAUGCACCAGAACAUCACACCAAUGAUAAUUUAUACAGUAAAUGGAUGAUUUUGAGUUUUGUCACAAGUAAUUUACUUGGAUCCUUCCAACACACUUAACUUAACUUAACCAUUCAUGGAAACUCAAAAACCCAAACUGUUGGCUGCAGAUUAUGCUAGUAUGCCUGAUCCCAUGUACAAUGUACAACAUGAUCAGCUUACUAGUAUCGUCCCCUUUGGUCCAACAGAACCAAACAUGCUGUUGGAUUUUUAUGGGUCCGUGUAGUAAGGGUUUAAUAUGUGGUUGGAUCUGCCUAUAUCUUAACCCUGUACUUUAUAGGAGCAGUUGAAAGGAAUUUAUUUUCAAGAAAGUUUAAUAAUGUGAUUGUAUAAAUAUUGUUAGUGUCUUGAUAACCAGUGUAUUGUUGCACAGGCACAGGGAGUAUUAACUUUAGAAAUGGGGGGAAAAAUCUUGAACAAAUUUAGAAAAAUAUGCAAUAUUUCCCUGCCAUGUAUUAAAAUAUAAAUAAACUGUGUAUAUUUUCAUGUAAAAGUUCUAUUUAACUGUUUGUACAACCUAGACACUUUCGUAACUUUUGACAAUUUUAGGGAAAAUUACUUUGUUGUUAAUGAUGCAAAUUUUAUGACGACUUUCGGGUGUCACCUGUAUAUUUUUAAGGAUUGUUUUAAAUAGAGUCAACAUACACAUAAGUAUUAUAGGGAAGGUAUACAUUUUGUAGUCACUCUUACAGCCAGUGGACACUAUUUGUAAUUGUCAAAGACCAGUCUUCUCA